CAGAAGCGGAAUAGAACCACCAUCAUUGUUAGUUCAGUCCUGUUGUACUCAAGGAGGAACAUAAUGCGUGGUGUACAAGUAGUGUCGUUCUUGGCCGUAUGUGUAGCAGCGCAUGCUGGGUACGUCGGUUAUUCUGGAACAGGUGGCUAUGGCUUUGCAGCGAACAAUCCAGGAUACGCUAGUUCUAACAUCCAUUCGGCCACUGGAGGAUAUUAUUCUCGUCCCAAAUAUGCGUUUGAUUACUCCGUGAGUGACCCACAUACCGGCGACCACAAGACGCAAUGGGAAACUCGUGAUGGUGAUGUAGUGAGAGGUGCCUACUCACUCGCCGAACCAGAUGGCUCUACUCGUAUCGUCGAAUACACUGCUGAUAAAAUCAAUGGAUUCAACGCGGUUGUCAGAAGAAUCGGUAGAGGGCAGCACGCGCAAUUUUUUGGAAAUCAGUUUAACGCUGGCUACCAUGGCUAUCACUAGAUGGCGCUGUUUUAAAUUUAGAUCGUAGUAUUUAUUCGAAAUUCAAAAAUAUUUAUAAUUUGUGGUCGUUAUCAAUUUUUUUGUACUAA